CUGCUGGCUGUGCUGCAGAGACUUGGCACAGGGUUCCUGGCCUCGGCACCCUGGUAGCUCCAUGCCAUAGGGUGCAGCUGCUGGGUGGGGGAAGAAGGAGCUGAGUUACCUGAGCCGGGGACAGCAGCCGGUAGGAGAGGACACCACCCAGACCCCUCGUGGGGCUCCCCAGGCAGGGGAGCUUCCAGGCCUUGACCUCAGCUGACCCUGAUCGCCUAGAUCGGGUGCAAGGUCUAAUUUUAGCUCCCGUUCCAGGGCCCAAGUCCAGGAGUGGCCAGGAGCCUCCACGGCCAGGGAGGCAGCACAGGCAGGGGUGGGACUGGGGAAACAGACCUGCUUCCUUCCAGCCCUGCACCUUGGCCAACUCCCACGAGCCCCUCAUGGCCUGGCCCACGCCCCUCCCUUCUGUUGAGGGCAGAAACAGGGGGUGCAACCAGGAGAGCAGAAGGACCUGGCCUUGCAGUCCUAACAAGGGUUGCAUCAGCCUGAGAGGGGCCCAGAAGCAGGAGCCGCACUGAGGGGGCAAAGGUUGACUUGUCCAAAGGCCGAGGAAGCCGAGUCCUGACCGCAGGAGGGCUCGGCCAGAAGCUGGUCUCCGGCGCCCCGUGGCUGACCAGUGACUGGCUGUGUGGCCCGGCCCCGGCAGCCUGCUCUCUGUGGCCUCGGUCUUCCCAUCUGGACAAUGAGGGUGCUGACCUAGAAGGCUGAUUACAGCUCCCGCCACCCAGCUCCGGCCUGCGCGUCCGGCUCGCCCCAGCCCUGGCUGCAAGUGGCCACAUGCAGUUGUGCAGAAGAAAGUCCCUCUGGCUGGCGCUGCUGGCCUCCUGGCUGCUUGUCCUCCUGACAGUCCUGCCACCCCUUCUUCAGCUGGCAGUGCCUACCGGGCCUCGGCCACGGGCCCCGCAAGGCUGGCCCCGCUGGCGGGAUGCCGAGCUCCUGCAGAGCUUCUCCCAGCCUAGGGAGCUCCUGGAAGAUGCCCCUCGACCCCCGGUGGCCCCCCACAGUGGCAGGUGUGACUGGGGGACCUGCUUUGACUCCUCCAAGUGCAGGGGCGGGGGGCUCAAGGUAUUCGCUUACCCAGCGACUGGACAGAGCUCGGAGACUCACCGCAGGAUCCUGGCUUCCCUGGAGGGCUCCCGGUACCACACACUCAGCCCCGCCGAGGCCUGCCUCUUCCUCCUCCUCGGCCUGGACACCCCGGCUGGAGAUUGCAGCCUGGAGCCCCCCCAGUGGAAUGGGGGCAGGAACCACCUGAUCCUCAGUCUCCAGUCAGCCCCCUGUGCCCAGACCUUCCGGCUGGGACAGGCAAUGGUGGCCGAGGCCAGCCCCGCAAUGGACACCUUCCGGCCGGGCUUCGACGUGGCCCUCCCGCUUCUCCCUGCAGCCCACCCAUUGCGAGGUGGCGCUCCUGGCCAGCUGCGACAGCACAGCCCCCAGCCCGGGGAGACCCGGCUAGCCCUGGCCGAAGAGAGGGGCGGGUGGCGCGUGGCAGAUGCCCACUCUGCCUGCCCCUGGGAUGGGCGCUGUGAGCAGAACCCUGGACCUGAGCAGACCCAGCCUGGGGCAGCGCCGCCCAAUGCCACCUUUUGCCUCAUCUCUGGCCGCCAUCCUGAUGCCUCACGUUUCUUCCAAGCCCUGAAGGCUGGCUGCAUCCCUGUGCUGCUCAGCCCUCGCUGGGUGCUGCCCUUCUCCGAGGUCAUUGAUUGGACUAAGGCGGCCAUCGUAGCUGACGAGAGGCUCCCACGUCAGGUCCUGGCUGCCCUCCAGGAGAUGCCCCCUGCCCAGGUCCUUGCCUUCCGUCAGCAGACCCAGUUUCUGUGGGACGCCUACUUCUCCUCAGUGGAGAAGGUCAUCUAUACUACCCUGGAGGUCAUCCAAGACCGGGUUUUUGGAGCAACUGCUCACCCCUGGCGGCUGUGGAACACCCCCCCGGGGGCCCUCCUGGCCCUGCCCACUUUUUCUACAAGCCCCUCAGACUUCCCCUUCUACUACAGACAACAAGAAGGCUCUCACCCUGGAGGCAGGUUCAGCGCCCUGAUCUGGGUGGGGGCCCUAAGCCAGCCCCCCCUGAAGCUCAUCCAGGCGGUGGCAGGCUCCCAACACUGUGCCCAGAUCUUGGUUCUCUGGAGCAGUGAGAGGCCGCCUCCACCCCGGUGGCCCGAGACAGCAGUGCCCUUGACAGUCAUUGAUGCUCACAAGAAGGUGAGUGACCGCUUCUUCCCAUUCAGUGCCAUCAGCACCAACGCCAUCCUCAGCCUCGAUGCCCACAGCAGUCUUUCCACAAGUGAGGUGGACUUUGCUUUCGUGGUGUGGCAGAGCUUCCCGGAGCGGCUGGUGGGCUUUCUGACCUGGAGCCACUUCUGGGACGAGGCCUGGGGCGGCUGGGGCUACACUGCGGAGAAGACCAACGAGUUCUCCAUGGUGCUCACCUCAGCUGCCUUCUACCAUCGGUAUUACCACACCCUCUUCACCCACUCCCUGCCCAAGGCUAUGAGGACCCUGGUGGAUGAGGUACCCUUCUGCGUGGACGUCGUGAUGAAUUUCCUAGUAGCAGCCGUCACCAAGCUGCCACCUAUCAAGGUGCCCUAUGGGAGGCAGCACCAGGCCAGGCCUCUGGCGGCGCCUGGAGAUCCAGACCCCAGGCUGGAGCCGCAGCCCGCCGCCCGCGACUGCAUCAACCGGACGGUGGCAGGGUUCGGCUACAUGCCCCUGGUGUCCUCUCGCCUCCGCCUGGACCCGGUGCUCUUCAAGGACCCGGUGUCGGUGUUGCGCAAGAAGUACCGCGGCCUGGAGAAGCCCUAGGCGGGGCCCGCGGAGACCCCAGCCAGGGCCCAAGGGGCCGCCUCUCCUGGGGGUGUGGCGGGGAACUUCGGACGCCCAACCAAGACGGCCGGUUACUAACACGUCAGGUUAGACCGGCCAAUCACGGAGCUAGCGCCCGGAGGGGCGUGGCCUCGCCGCCUUCCCACGCGGCUGCGGUCAGCCGCCGCCCGCGCUCGGCCGCAGCCCCGGGACAGUCAGCCGGCGCCCAUCCCCGCCGGGCGUCCCUGCCUCUGCUCCGCCGGGCUGACGGCUACUUGUCGUUCAGACUCUCGCCUCUUCCAGGGACUUGCCUGACCCUCACCGCCGCGCUGGGUGGGUUCGGUCCUGGCACCGCUCCCACUGCCUUGUACACGUCCGGCUCCAGGACUGGUGCGAGAGCCUCGCGAGGUCUCUGAUCUGGCCACUUGCCGCAGAUGUUUGACCAACAGAGACGAGGUCACGUUGCGUGGCCAGCCAGAUACCGACGGUAGCAGACAGGACUCCGUGCUCGCUCCCUCCCUGGGGUCCCUAUUCCGUGGGAAGGCAGCUGCUCCGCAUUGCCUGGCGCAAUCCCAGUGCCCCAGCGACGGAGCGAGGAGGCUCCCGGAAACCAGCUUUAGUUUCGCUGGCGACAGGGCGAGGAAAGAAGACCAAAGCCCAAGAGGUCAGCCGCUGCCCGGCCCGGCCCCGGCGCGGCCGUGGCUCUGCAUUACCAACCUACACCACUAGAGGUCAGCGCCGCGCCGCGCCCCCGGGCAAGGGACUGGCGUUUUAGACCCAUUCAGGCUGUGGGCAAGAGACCUGGAAGUGUGGUGUUGAGCAGCCAGAAGCCUGAAAACUGGGGAGGGAUAUAAAAGCCCCUCCUCUUUGGCCCACACGCUUAGGACUUAAAGCGGGCACUUCUAAGUAGGUUGGGUGGAAGCAGGGACGGCCGGGCCCAGAGCUCCCAGGAAGUGAGUGGAGUGGGAGGGACCCUGUGUUCUCCUGGGUUCAUCCACCUAGAACUGGAAUUAUCGCUUCCGAAAUAAAGCUCAAUGUCCUUA